GCUCUUGCGCGAAAUUUUCAAAGCUGCAAGCUUAGGAAGAUAUUCCGUAUACUGUGUAGUUUAUUAUAACCGGUACCAAUGUUUACUCGCACGCGAUAAAAGCCAAAUAGUAUAGUGGAGAUAAAAGCGACAGAACAGCUCAGUGACCAGGCGAACGGCGAUGAGUUUGGAUGAUUCGUAUAUAGAGCCAUAUUUGGAAGACUGGUUGGCGUAUAUUCGCAAGAGCAGCGAUGCCGAGCAACAGGUGAUCAAGAACGGCAAGGAGUUUCGCGUCCCUUACGCCGGUGCGACGGUGGAGGCGAUCAAGGCGAUCUUCAUCAUAAGCGAGCGUUUCCGCGUGGAGCAUGAGGCGAAGUACCUGGCGGUGCACCUGCUGGACCGCUACAUGGGCUGCCUGUACUGGGAGCGAGUGUCCGGCCUACCGGAGGUGAACGCCGAGGGCGCGCGACAAGUUGCCCAGCACAUGUCCUCGCAGCUGAGGCUCGUGCUCGCCACGUGUCUGCAGAUCGCGAGCAAGGUCGACCUCUUCCGCACCGGCCUCUCCGUGUCGCAGGUGCAGGACCUGCUGCAGUCGAUCGACCCGCUGCGUGACUACUCCCGGGAGAGCAUCGUCGCCAGCGAGCUGCGCGUGCUGCGCGGCCUCGACUUCCGGAUACCGGUGUCGCUGCCUCUCAACGUGGUCGAGCUCUUCCUGGCCUACAGCCAGCUGCCGCCGAGCCAGCAGCUCAGGGACACCUGCCUGCAGCUGCUCGACCUCGCCUACAUCCGCCACGAAGACCUCUUCCAGCAGCUGCACCUGCUGGCCCGAGGCUCCAGCUACGACCGUAGCCGGCCCGAGUGCCGCGACUUCCUCCGGCUGGAGACCAACGCGGGCUUCGUCGGCGCGUCCAUCGUCGUCUGCUCGGCCUUCUUCUACCAACUGAAGAAGAGCCUCGUGGAAAACCUGGCCGCCAAGCUGGCCAAGCUCCUCGGUAUGGAAGCCUUCGACCUCAGCAUCAUGGCCAACCUCCUGUUCAUGACCGCGCUCGACGAGGACGACUUCCUCGGGCUGCAGCAGCUGCACGACGGCACCAGCGCUUCCGAACUCGACUGACCACGUCCCACGCGCGCCUCGUUCUCCUUCGUUUUAACGCUUACUUCUCUGCUGAUAUCGGCGCGUGGCUUUUAGCGCUUGGACGGCCCCGCCUUCUUCGCCAACGAUCGCACAGCAGAACGAUUUUAAUUCUCCGUUGUUUGUCUGAUUUUCUUCGCGGGGCCGAUACCGACGACGAUCAAGCUGAGGCCUCGUCCUGUCCGAGGUGAUCGCGCGAUUUUUCAGUGCGGUAUGCUUUUGCAAAACCAGAGAGCGACGCAAGCAGCAGGAGCAAGAACAGCGAAGCGCAAGCGGGAACAUUAAUCUGAUGGCAGCGAAUCAAGCGCGAAGGAGAAAAGAAAAAACCGAUUAGCCUACUUACUUUCUCGUGAAAUCCGUGGCAGUUCGCAGUAUCCUGCGCGCGCUGAGUUUGCACUUUCGAAAAUAACGUCCGCCCGAAAUGUUGCCUUAAACAUUCAACGCGAAACCAUCUUAUCGCACCUGUUUUCUCUUUUUCGCGUUGUAGAACGAAAUCAAGCCACAUUUUAAUUGCCGUUUUCUUUUGUUUUUCUGUUAUAAUUAUCGUGACUGACGCCUUUCUUCCCCUCGUCUUGUCCUGCGCUGAAUAUUCAACUCCUGCACAAUACGUAUUACUCGAAUGUGAAAGGCAGAAAGGAGAGAAUGAUAAUGUCGUGUAUGAGCAAUGUUGUGCGCUACAGAAAUAAAGGUAGACGAUACGUAUAGCGAGAUACGAAAAAGAUAAAAAUUACGAACGGCAACGCGCACAACGAUUCUCAACGAGCGCGCGACUUGCUUGAGAAAUCAGAAUAUUAACCUGGCGGCUGUAUGAAUUUUUAUUCAUAGCAUUGUAACAAAAAAUAAGGGGAGUGCGUAUACGCGUGAAAAGUCAUCGGGGUGUGGGGCAGGUGCAAGAAAAAUGGGAGAAAGGGAAUGUUACGUUACUUUUACACUGAUCAUUGCGAGCUCACCUGUGUAAUUAGGCUGAAAUAAUCGUUUAAGUUGUGUGAAAAAUUCUCGAUUGAACCCGAGCUCGCAACAAAUUUUGUAAAUAAAUUUGCAAUUAAGU